AACUACCCUUAGUAUAUUUAGUAAAACAAUCACGUUAUGUUCUCGUAGAAAGGUCAAUAAUAUGUCAUAAGACAUCUCGUGAAAAAUUGUGUGACUUUCAUCUUGUCGUCGCUAGUGGAUUCCGCGAGGAAAACGAAAAAAAAACCGUCUGAAAAGUACAGACAGGAGUUGCCUCCGGUGGCAUGUUCAUGCGUGUCGCUUGGUUGCUACUGCGUGUCUUGCAUUAUCCUUUCCAAAGGACUCGUUCUCUCAAAAAAUAUCUGCACGAACGCUGGAUGUUUUCGUACGUGAUGAGCAUUAGAUACGAUCAAGAUUUUUAAUUAAACGACAAAAAAAAAUCAGUCGUAGGUUUUAAUUUAAUGAAUGUAGAUGUCGCUUUAUCAUAAAAUUAUAUAUUUGACAGUUUGUUUAUGGAAAUAUGACGUUUUAUCAUAAAUUUUAUGUAAAAAUGUUGUUUGAGAAUAUUUUCACACGAUUUAAUUUGAAAUUUAUGUCAUCUAUGACCAAUAUACCCGCUUUUCAUCAUGUUCCCAUCGUCGUGGAACAAUCUGGUAGAGGAGAAAGAGCUUUCGAUAUAUAUUCUAGAUUACUAAAAGAACGCAUAAUAUGUUUAAUGGGACCGAUAAAUGAUAUAAGCAGCUCGUUGAUAAUAGCCCAACUCCUAUUUCUUCAAGCGGAAUCUUCUUCAAAACCAAUACACAUGUAUAUAAACUCCCCGGGUGGAGUUAUUACUUCCGGUUUGGGUAUUUAUGAUACUAUGCAAUACAUUCUUCCACCGAUAGCUACUUGGUGUGUAGGUCAAGCUUGUAGUAUGGCGUCUCUACUAUUAGCGGCUGGUACGAAAGGUAUGAGGACGUCGUUGCCUAACGCUAGAAUCAUGAUACAUCAACCUUCGGGUGGUGUUGUAGGUCAAGCUACCGAUAUUAAGAUCCAAGCUGAAGAAAUAUUGAAAUUGAAAAAACAAAUUAAUUGUCUUUACGAAAAACAUACUGGGAUGCCUUUGGAAAAAGUGGAAGCUAGUUUGGAAAGGGAUAAUUUUAUGACGCCUUCAGAAGCUUUAUCCUUCGGUUUAAUAGAUAAAGUUUUAACUAAACCUCUACACAAAGAUGGGAUUGUGGAAACGAAAACUAUAUUGGAUAGUUUAGUCGAUAUUCCUAAAACUGAUACCACCGAUAAAACUGAACCAAAAUCACUUUAAUAUAAAUAUUUGUCGAUUUUAUUAUAUAUUAUAUUAUAAAGAAAGAAAAAAAUAAACUU